UUUGGCUCUGGGAAGAUGAGGCAGCAGGGCCAGAUCCUCCCCAGGCAUGAUCAGCUUGUCCCCUUCAUGUUCCUUCAUGGUUCUGCACUCCCUGAGCACAACACAGGGAGUCUCUCUGGUUUUGGGGGUCCCCAGCACCUGCAGCCCUGGCCCCAUGCACCACCUGGGCUGGCCCAGGCUGUGCCUCAAAAGCAUUUUCUGCCACAUGGGGAAAGCUUGGCAGCUCAUGGAGCCAGUGAGGCCUGGGGCAUCCCCCAGGGAAUUCAUUGCUGGGAGCCCCAGAGCAUCCCCCAGGGAAUUCACUGGUGGGCAGUGCAGAGGAACAGCUGGCACUGCAAAAGCACUAAAUUUCUGUCUCUUUUUUCUUCUUUUCUCCUGUUUUCUCUUGCAGUCACAGAGAAGGAGGUGCAGCAGUGGUACAAGGGCUUUAUCAAGGACUGUCCCAGCGGGCAGCUCGAUGCUGCCGGCUUUCAGAAGAUCUACAAGCAAUUCUUCCCCUUCGGAGACCCAACCAAAUUCGCCACCUUUGUUUUCAAUGUCUUCGAUGAGAACAAGGAUGGCAGGAUCGAGUUCUCAGAGUUCAUCCAGGCGCUGUCGGUCACCUCCCGGGGCACGCUGGACGAGAAGCUGAGGUGGGCGUUCAAGCUGUAUGACCUGGACAACGAUGGAUACAUCACGAGGAACGAGAUGCUGGACAUUGUGGAUGCCAUUUAUCAGAUGGUGGGGAACACAGUGGAGCUUCCUGAGGAGGAGAACACACCAGAGAAGAGGGUGGAUCGGAUUUUUGCCAUGAUGGACAAGAAUGCAGACGGGAAGCUGACGCUGCAGGAGUUUCAGGAGGGCUCCAAGGCCGACCCCUCCAUCGUGCAGGCGCUCUCCCUCUACGAUGGGCUCGUAUAGUCCCGGGGCCGAGCGGCGAUGCCUGGGGGAAGAUGCUCUCCGUGCCAUCCGACCACCGCCGUGCGAAGCUUGCCUGUCCCUCCCGGCCUCCCUUUCUGUCCUGCGAGCAAGGAGUGCCCUCAAAGCGCGAGC